AUGAAAGGAAAUUGGCGGAAACACAUGACGAUUUUGUUUGGACCUAACCUGAAAAACUACCUAAUUUAUAGUGAAAGCCCAGAAGAACUUUAUUUUUCCUUACAAUGAUAAAUAUUAAUGAUGACAGUAUAAUUUGAAGGAAAUAACAGAACUGAAAACAAUAUGGCAGAUGGUAUCUUCCAUGAUUUCUUUGGUGGAUUAAUUUCUGGGUCUGCAGGAGUAUUAGUUGGGCAUCCAUUUGAUACAGUUAAGGUCCAGCUGCAAGUUCAAGCUAAAGGCAAUAGUUACAAGAAUGUUUGGGAUUGUAUUGAUACUAUUAAGAAACAAUCAUGGUCAAAGGGCUUUUUCAGAGGUCUGUCCUGGCCUAUGUUAUCAGCAGGAGUUAUAAACUCUGUAUUUUUUGGAUCAUACAACCAGAUACUGAAGGUCAUGGGUACCAGUGCAGACAAACAACAUGACCAUCCAGAUUAUCUAAAAAUAGUUAUUGCCAGUGGAAUGGCAGGGGUUUUCCAGCUAAUAAUAGCUUGUCCUAUUGAGGUCAUUAAAGUUGUCUUGCAGUCGCAGAUACCACAUGGCAACAACAAAGGUCUAAAAUUCUACAAAGGACCAGUGGAAGGUGUGGUUGACAUAGUAAAACACAGAGGAUUUUCAGGAAUGUUUCGAGGACUGUCAUCACAGUUACCGAGAGAUGUUAUUGCUAGCUCCAUAUAUUUUACAGUGUUUGAAUUCACAUCUUAUGAAGGAAACAAACAUUUAAAGACUGUUCCUCAUCCAGUUAUUAACUUCAUGGCAGGAGGGUUGGCUGGUGUUGUGAGCUGGGCGACCAUUGUACCUUUUGAUGUACUAAAAAGUCGGAUGCAAGCAGACGUCAAUAAAAAACUGUACAAUAAUUUAAUGGAUUGUGUUGCUAAAACUUAUCAGGAAGGUGGUAUUAAGAUAUUUUACCGUGGAAUAGGUGUGAUAUGUUUACGUGGAUUUCCUGUCAAUGCUGUUACCUUGAUGGUAUAUGCUGAAUACAUGAAAUUAUUUGAUGCUAAAUUUUUGCCAUAAAGUUUUUUUAAUGAUCAGAAAUCCAAAUGUUAUAGGAAAUCCAAAUUUUUAUUUAAAUAUAUUGUUCCAGAUUAUGCUAUAACCUUUCAAUUCAAAUACCAAAGUAGAAUUAUGUAAUGUUCAAUGUAUGCCAGUAGUGAACUGUUUACUACCCUGUAAUAUUUUAAAAUGAAAGAAGGGAAUUUAUUACAGAAAUAAAUUUCUGAAUUCUAAUAUUCUUCGAAAGUUCAAUUAUUGAAAAACAAGAGACAAGCUAAAAUUUAGCAACUUAUUCCAAACUGUUUUUUGUUGUUCAUUAUGUCUUAUACAAAGAUGCCUAAGCCAUUUUCAUAAAUGUCUAUAAGUCUCUUCCAGCUUUUUCAAAAGUUUGAUCGGGUAAUUAUUCAUGGAUUUUACCAAGAUAUUUUAAGAAAUAGAAACGACUCAGUUGUCAUGGUUGUACAGAAUAAUAUUUUGAUAUUUACUUAUAUUUUUAUAAAGGUUUCUGUUAUUUUCGCAUUUUUGUGUGGCCUGCUUACAGUUUGCCUCAGCUCAACCAAUUUGAGUAAAAGUGACCUUUUUUUUUGGGUUUUUUUUUGUAUUCAGAGCUUAUUUGUCAUGUAUUUUGACUCUAUAUUCAGAGCUUAUUUGUCAUGUAUUUUGACUCUAUAUUCAGAGCUUAUUUGUCAUGUAUUUUGACUCUAUAUUCAGAGCUUAUUUGUCAUGUAUUUUGACUCUAUAUUCAUAGCAAAUUUUAUUAUUUUGUAAACAAUAGAACUGUUUUGUAUAUGAACCAUGAAUUUGUAUACUUAAAUUUAAAAUAAUUUGUAUUCUUUUUUUAAAGGUUACAAUUGCCUGUUUUACACAAGGUUAGUUUUUGACUUUUUGAGAUAAAAAAAUGAUUGAAUUUUUAUCAGAAUCGGUUUCAGAUUUUUCUGCUUCAAUAGGACUUAUUAUGAAUGAUGUUUCAAUUAAAGUAAUGUUUCCUUUGACUUACUUUGAGAUUUUUCACUUGAUGUCAAUGUAAUGAACAGCAAUAUGGAUUAUUUAAAUUCAGGUUAGCUUUUAACUUCCUUUUUUUCACUGAUUAUUUGGAAAUCCAAACUCUUCAUUUGAGUUCAAGACACCUGAAGGGGAGUGCAUUUUCUAAAUAAAUUUAAAAACACCAAAAUAUUCUGUUUGUAAAACAGUAUUUAAGUGACAUUUGUUGCGGCAUAAGGUAAUAGUUAUCUGCCCCUUCUUCAUUAACACUCACCUAUAUAAAUUAGAUCCAACAUUUUUCAGCUCACCAUAUAAAAUUAUUGUGUCACACAUUUAUAUAGAGUAUUUUCAGAAGUUAGUUAUUUUUUAUGACUUUAUAUAAAUAUAAUGGUAAAAUUGUUUUGUUGAUUCAAUCAUAUAAAUUGUUAUUUUGUUAUUUGUUAAACUGUUUAGAGUUUAAUAUGGUUAAUGAUCAAUUUUGUAUUGAUUUAUAUUUACUGA